AUGCCAAACCUUCUCAAUGACUCUGUUUCAUCAGAAAAAGAUGUUGUCAGGAAGCUCCCUGUUCUUCCCAUUCUCUGUACUUUGUCACUCGACUUUGGCUUUGCUGGAAUCAAGGGUGAUGUGAUCAAGUACUUUGGGGCUCUGACUUCAAACACCUUGACCAUGCUGUCCAUGGGUGAAUUCCUCUCAUAUCAGGAUGUCAAGCUGAUCCUGAAAGUUUUCAACCAAUGUGAUAUCUUGGUUGAUCUCAGGCUGGGGAUUGGCUGCAUUACUUCACAACUUAUUGAUUUGUUUGUGGAACGUUGCCUGUCCCUUGAGAAGCUAGGACUCCAGCUUGAUGGACACUACCUUGGAAAGAACCAGAUCACAUUAUUUGAACAUGAGAUGUCUGAACGCAAAAAUUACUUGCAUAUUGGCCAUGUUUACAAGCAUUGGCAGUUGCACGAACUCACAUUUUACCCUGAAUUGGGAGGCUUUGCCUAUCAUCACAAGGCCUGGAGUAUUAUGCGUGCUAUCGCAGAUGCCGUUCCAUCUAUUAGAACCGUGGCUGGCAGGGAUCGAUCCACUGCAUUAGUAGAAACCCCAAUGCCACAUUGUAGAUAUUAA